AGGUGAGAGAAGGGGCAUCAGGGGCUAAUCAAAUCCCCGGUAAUUUGUUCCCAACCUCCACUCACCACCCUUCGGGGACAAACGGCCAGCACUCAUCUUUUGUCACAGUUCAUAUUAAUUAUGAGUUCAACAGAGAGGAUACAUUGACCGAAGCACAACAAUCUGCGGGAGUAAGGGUGGAGGGACAGGUAGACGCAGUAAUGCCCCCGCCAAGGGAUCAGCCAAUGAGAGACCCCGGAAAUCGACUGUCAGCGUUGGCCCCAGUAAAAACGAGACGGGUAGGUGAGGAGGGAACCAGCGAACCUACAAGGGAAGAGGACGAUGGAGAGGUGGACAGGAUGUGGAAGGAAACCUUCUGGAGGCUGUGCCCAUCCCGGUCACACGGGAUCAUCCGCGCUCUCCUUCAUUCAUUCAACGCGCAGACUGAUCUGGCAGAAGACACGGAAACAAUGGCUGUUUACGCCACUACCUACUACAGUGACAUCCUGACGUCGCGCCGGGCCCCAGACGAGUCCCUGGAACAACUCCGGACAGAGCAGGAUCUGUGGCAAUUCACAGAUAAGCAGUUGGCGAUGGAACAAAGACACUCCUUGGAUCGACCGGUGACAAUAGAAGAGCUGAAAGAAGGAGCGGGUUGUAUGGCCAAAGGGAAAGCCCCUGGAGACGACGGCCUUCCCGUGGAGUUCUUUCUAGCCACGUGGGAGGUGGUGGGACCGAUCCUAGUGCGGUUAUUCAACAGGGUGCUAGAAGAGGAAAUGUUGACGGAGGACAUGUGCAGAGGGGUUAUCACCCUUUUGUACAAGAAGGGGGACAAGAGAAACGUGCGCAAUUGGCGUCCAAUCUCCUUGUUGAAUGUGGCGUAUAAGAUUCUCGCUAAAGCCUUAUCAAGGAGAUUGGCCCCGCUCCUUCCGGAGCUGGUAAACGCAGAUCAAGGAGCCUUUGUGAAAGGGAGAUCUAUAACGGAGAAUAUGCUAGCAGCGAUGGGCGCGCUGGAAAUCAUCGGAGGCGAAAGACGUCAAGUAGUGGUGGCAAUGUUGGAUUUGGAAAAGGCGUAUGAUCGUGUCAAUUGGUCUUUUGUGUUGGCCACGCUGGAACACAUGAAUUUUGGAAUCCCAUUCAGAAGGUGGAUAGCCAUUGUUCUGGCGAACGGCAGGCGCUCGCCGAUCUUCAAUCUGUCGCGCUCUCUGCGUCAAGGAUGUCUGCUGGCCCCGAUGUUGUUUGUAUUGCAGAUUGAAGUAGCGCUGAAUGAUAUGCGGGCUGCUUCCAUGCUCAGAGGACUGAAACUGCAAGACAACAAAGAGUUUCUGACAGGGGCUAUUGCGGACGAUCUGCUGCUGGUUGCAGAAGCCACUCCGGAAUCAAUGAAUGCAGCAAAAAGUGUCCUGGAUCAGUACUCUCGGCUGUCUGAAGCAAAGGUCAAUUGGGACAAAUCCUUGUACUUCCUACCCCAGGAAUACGAGUUGGAGAAUGAUUGGAUGAUGAAGAGAAUCCAGCCUGAAGAGGCGGAGCGAAGUGGAAUUGAGAGGGGAGUGUCCAGAGUGGCAGAUUUGUGGGCGGAACCUGAAUUGGAAUGGAAAUCAGAGGAAGCUCUCCAGCAGUCAUUGGGGCGUAUUCACAGGGUGGGGGAACGACUACAGUUUCUGAUUCAAGCUAUUCCAGGAGCUUGGAAACACAAACUAUUGGUAGGCGCCAAGCUGGAGGAAGGGGUGUGGUAUAAGAGAAGUGUGAAUCAGGGGAGGCUAGAUGAAGUGUAUAAGGUGGAAGCGGAGGAGGAUUCGGACUCGGACUUAGUAGAGGAAGAGGAGGCUAAAUGGGUGACGGUCUCCAGGUGGAAGGUGAAGGAGGGGUACGGGGGAGAGCAGGCACUGACCCGGGUUUCAGAAAUGGAGAUUAAUUCGAAUACGGACCUGAUGGAAAUCAGGGUCCUCCCGAAGUCAGACGGGGGAGGCAAGAAAGGGAUGGUUACAGUUCAAGGGGGGGCUGCCUUACAAGAUCUGAGAAUAGACCCAGGCAGUUGCGUGUGGCAGGAGCACUCAGCAGUUAAAAAGAAUUUAGUGCAAUAUAACACGAAGCUAGGUAGAACCCUGAAACAUUCUAGUGCCUCGGUUAUCACGGAAGUAGGGCAGAGGACCACCAGGGAGUUACAUCUGUUGACUCCAAUGUCGGUCAUAGAACUCAAAAGCUUAUGGUCGCAACUGUUCAUCCUCCCAAGCCUCAAGCUUUCCGGCCUACUAUGGUUGUUAUCCCACUCUGCAGUUCCUACCGCUAAAUGGCUCUCAGCAAGAGGAAUGGAGAUCCAAAUCACGGGCAGAAGGUGCGGAAACCGCAACGAGGAGACGCUGUUUCACCUAACCUGGGAAUGCCCAGCUUCUAAUCGUAUCUGGAGAUGGUGGUCAGUUCACUGGCAGAAGCUGGGCUCGGCCUUGCAGUGGGACCAGAAUUGGGUGCUCACAGGCAGACUCCCUCCCCUAUUUUUCAAAAGCAAGGGAUGGGGUUACAUGGCACAGGCCAUUCGCUCGGCAGUGAUGUGGGUAAUCUGGGAGGAUCGAAACAACAUUCUGUUUCGAAGAGAGUGGACGUCUGAUCAGGGAAUCAAGGCGAAGAUCAAAGCCAUCAUUCGGACCAUGAUCGUGGCUGACUGUGUGCGGAAAGCUGACAAUGGAAGAAGUCAGAAAGGAAAACAGUGGUUUCUGUUCACAUGGGCUAGAGGUAGCCAGUUAGCAGCGGUGACCGUGGAGGGUAAGAUGGUACUGUCCCCCUGGCUGAGUGCCUCGCAAAUGCAGAACGUGUCACCAUUUUUCCUAUAAAGGUAGCAUAUGACCGAGCAUCACUGUCAAUCGUCAUCUUGUUCAUCUGAUUCUUUUGGUAUGGGGAAAUAAAAGAGUUUAAGAAUU